AUGGUUCACGCUGGAGUGUGUCUGACUUGUCUGGCAGACUUCAGUGUUGGGAAGGGUUGUGGAGUGUUGAGAAUGGUGUGGAGUGUUGGGAAGGGUUGUGGAGUGUCGGGAAGGGUUAAGGGUUGUGGAGUGUUGGGAAGGUUGUGGAGUGUUGGGAAGGGUUGUGGAGUGUUGGGAAGGGUUGUGGGUGUUGGAAGGUUGUAG